AUGUUAAGAGGUUUAUUGGGUAGUCUGCGAAAGCAGAUGGCCGGUGGAAGUGCCAGCAGAGUUACUACCAAUAAUAGUAGUAGUAGUGUGACUGGUGUUGCUACCGGUAGUCAUAGUAUUCAGAACUCGGUUGAUCACACUCGAUGGAGAGUACCGUCAGGACAUCCAACUGGAAUCUCAAUGAGAAAUUCAUUGUCACACGAAAAGAAACCAGUACCUCUAGUACUUGAAAACAGUGGACGUACAAUCUCUUGGUAUACUUGCGGUCCAACCGUAUAUGACAGUGCUCAUCUAGGACAUGCAAGAGCAUAUGUUUCUAUUGAUAUAGUUCAAAGAGUUUUGACAGAUUACUUCAAUUUGAAUAUCAAUCAUGUCAUGGGAAUGACCGAUGUCGAUGAUAAGAUCAUAAAGAUGUCGGCAACCAAAGGUAUGUCGUUCAAGGAGCUGGCGCGUCAGAAAGAGUUGGAGUUUAUACAGGAUAUGGAUUCACUGAAUGUACGUCCACCUCUGCUAAUUACACGUGUCAGUGAACACAUUCCGAAUAUCAUUAAUUUCGUGAAGCAGAUACGCGAGAAUGGCUACGCGUACGACGUCGACAUUCCAGGAUCCACAGGACAAUCGGUGUUGUUUGACACCGGUAAGUUUGGCACUCGCUACGGUAAGCUCGAGAAAGAGAAUCAAGGUGCGCAAGCCGAUGAGAACCUAGCGAUUCAAUCGGACGUCAAGCUUGGAACCAGAGAUUUCGCGUUGUGGAAGUCGGCCAAUCCGAUCACCGAUGUCGACGGCCAAGGCAAGCUGGUCGUGUGGAACUCGCCGUUUGGAGACGGACGUCCAGGAUGGCAUAUCGAAUGCUCAUCGAUGAUACACUCGAUAUUCGGCGACAAACUAGAUGUUCAUGCCGGUGGUAUCGACCUGAAAUUUCCGCACCACGAAAAUGAAAUUGCACAGUGCGAAGCACACUUUUCCCCGCAUCCGAACCCAGCCACUGGCGAAUACAAACAAUGGGUCAACUACUUUAUGCAUAUCGGUCAUCUAAACAUUAAAGGUUUAAAGAUGUCGAAAUCACUAAAGAAUUUCAUUACAAUUAGAGAAUAUUUAGCAAAGAAUACAGCAACUUCAUUUAGAUGGUUAUGUUUAACAAAUAGAUAUUUCGAUACGAUCAAUUAUAAUCCAAAGAGUGAUGAGCAGUAUCAGAAUUCGCUGCAGCGAUUCAUCGAUUGGUUCAAUAUGGUUGAGAUGAGAAUGAUGGAACCGAUCAAUAUAAAUCUGACACGUGCUAGCUAUCAGCAAGCGAAACCAAUCAUCGACUUGUUCAAUCUAUCAAAGAAUGACAUACACUUGGCGCUGACCGACGAUUUCAAUACACCAAAGGCAAUCAAGAUCAUGCAACUACUCGUCAAAGAAACAAUGAUGAACAACACACAGCUCAAAUCGAUACCCAGAGAUAUUCUAUUCAAUAUCUACUGUUAUCUUCGUAAGAUGUUCACUACGUUUGGUUUCGAAGAGCUGUUCAGCAAGUCGAAGCUCUCCAACAAUAGUAUGGCGAUGCUACAGCAGAUGCAACAGCUGAACGAACAACAACAGCAACAGCUGCAACAACAAUCGGACAAGCUGCAACAACAGUCCGAACAACAACAGCAAGUUCUACUGGAUAGCAACUCUGAGAAAGAUCUGAAACUACUCGCGCAAAGCAAACUGCUUGAAGAAAAAGACAAGGAGAAUCUAAAGUUACUAGAGCGAUUCUUGGAUUUCCGUGCUGAACUAAGAUCAAUAGCGAAAAACAACAGCAAUGACGAUGUGAAAAAGCAGUUGAUUCUUCAGAUGUGUGACUCUGAGAGAGAUAGCAUGCUCUACGAAUUGGGUAUUCGUGUUGGUGACGAAAGCAACGAUGAAUACACCUACGAAAUGCUCACCGAGAAGGAAAGAGUUAAACUGCAAGAGAAAAACGCCCAAAGAUUUGUACUCGAUCAUCAAAACUCUGACGUUGCGUUAGAGUAUGGUGAGAAUUUAGAAGAAACAACUGUUGAUCAAACAGCAACAACAACAGCUCCACCAACAGCAACAACAACUCCAUCUACAACAACAACAACAACCCCAUCUACAACAACAACAACUCCAAAAACAACUUCAACAUCAUCAUCAUCACAAAAAAAACCCAUUAAAAAGAAGAGUUCACCAUCCAGACAAUUGAUUGAAGAAGAUAAGACUCAAGAUAAUAUUACAGAAAAUCAAGAUGUUGAUGCUGAUUUAAAAUAUGAUCCACUUGCAGAGAGUCCAGAAGUGAUUUUUAUAAAUAGAAAAGAUCUUUAUUCAAAGUUUGAUGAAGACGGUAUUCCCACUCACGAUGCAAGCGGCACCCAAAUCACAAUGUCACAGAGAAAACUUUUGAAAAAGAUAAUGAGAAAGAGGGUCAAUCGUGUGAUAAAGAAAGAAGCUAAAAUCAGAUCUAAAUUAGACAAUGAAUCAACUUUUACACCAAAUUCGUUAAGAGAUAAAGGUGAUUCAAAAAAUUAA